GGAGUGUGUGUGUGUGUAGAGUGUUAAAAACAGGAGAACAGUUAGAUGAUAAGGUGGUGUUUUGCAUUUCUCUUGCAGACAAGUUCUUUUGUUUCUGUGAAAUUUUCAGAGUCUACAGCGUGGAUUUAUAGCACAGGAAAAAGCAUGCAUUCAUGAAGAGAAAGAUGAGCUGACGUUUUAUUACUACAGAGGUACAUAUAGACUACAUGGAAGCAGGGAGUCAUGAUCACUCUCAUAGACUUUCCAGCUCAUGUGGGGCUGAUUUCGGCUGCUGGAGAGCUGAAGAUGCCAUUCUCAGACACGGUCAAGUACUGCAUCCUGGGCAUCUCCGUCACUCUGCUUCUGCUGGCCUUGUGCAUCUUGGCCUGGCAGGCCUUCAGAUGCUGCACCCAGAAACACAAAGUGUAUGCCCGGCAAGAUACAGCGAGCAGUGAUCUGCUGUACUCCCAUGUAAAGUCAGCACCAGUAGGAAAGAAUUCAGGAGCUCCAGGUACUAAGGUGGAGGACGUCAGCACUGAGGCCCACAGGCUGAGUCGUUGUCUGUCUCAGGCUCAGUUUCCCUCCUCAGGAUCCAGCCAGUCAGAGGGAGACGUGGGAGAGCAGACCAACAUUACAAAGGCCGAUGGAUCGCUACGUUUCUCUGUCUACUAUGACCAGCUGCAGUCCCGUCUGGUGGUCACCGUUUUGCAGGCGGAGGGUCUUCUGGAGCACCGCCAGACCUGCAGCCUCCAACCAUUUGUUAAGCUAAGACUCAUGAAGGCAGCCUCAGAAGCAGUGGAAGUGCAGGGCUGUAAGAAUGAGGAGGGUGAAGGGAUGCCGCCUGCUCUGUGGACAGUGCUGCAUGAGUGGCGGACUCGCAUUGUGAAGGGCAGCUGUAACCCUUUAUUUGGAGAUCAGUUCAGCUGUAUUCUGCAGCAGGAUAAAGACAGUCUUCAUCGCAUCAACCUCAGGAUGGAGGUGAGGGACUUUGAUAAAUUCUCCAGACACACAGUGUUAGGAGAGGUGAGAGUUCCUCUAGGGCAGCUCAACAUCUCUUACCCUCUGGAGCUACAAGAGGAUCUGCAAAUACCCCAGAAGGAUCUUGUAGGACAGGUGCUGCUGUCACUCAAGUUUCUUCCCACUUCUCAGAGGCUAGAGGUUGGUCUGCUAAAGGUCAGAACAGUCCUCGCUGAGAUAUGCUCAGAUGCAGCCUUGUACGCCAGGAUCAGCGUCCAAUGCAAUCAGUGCAAGUUGAGGUACCAAAAGACCUCUGUAGUCGCCCGGUGCCCUGUGACUGUCUUCAAUGAGGUGCUCAUGUUCUCCCUGCCUGAGUUUCCUCUGGAGCGGUGUAAAAUUAUGGUCUCUGUGUAUGAGACUCACAUGACUAGGAAAUCAACCAAACACCUGAUGGGACAGAUGACUGUGGGGAAGGAGAAGAGUUCACAAGACAAGCACUGGAACUUGAUGAUGCACUCAUUCCGCCAGCCAGUAGCAGAGUGGCACGGACUGCUGAUCUGAGCUACAGCUCAUAAACCCUCUGUCCUUCACUCCUUAGAUGUCUGUACCUGCUUGUAUUUAACUAGAAGCCAUGAUGCUUGUGCAUUUGACUGUUGAGGCAUCUGCACCUGCUUAAUUGAAGGGCAAGCAAGGACUCCUUUCCCUCUUGACUCCACAGUGGUAAAGAGGUCUUCCUGUUCCAGGAAAGUUGAGUGACUGCUCAACUGAAACCUAAGGUUACUCAGUGUACUUGUUCACUCACAUCUCUUCUUUCUUUUUAUCUUAAAAUCUCAUCAUAUUGAAAGGGCUCUAAAGAU